AUGUCGUCUAUUGAUUUACCUGAUGAUAUAUCAGGUAUAUCAGACGUUCUAGCACGUAGAAACAAUGCUUUGUUUACUUCUGAAUUUUUAUCUAAAUCAAAAAGUGGACAGCUAAUCACACCUGAGAAUAAAAUCGUAUAUCUUUAUCUUAUUUCGAGGAGUAUUGAUUACAACAAAUUAUCUAUCAACUUAUUGAAUAUAUAUACAAUGGAAACAGCCUUUCGUUACGGAGAAAAACCUAUUGAAUUUCAGCUGGAACCUGAUGGCGAAUACUUCUAUUUGGCAUCUGAGGUGGGCCGAUAUCUUCGAUUAUUCCGUAAAGAAUUAUUCAAGAAGUAUCCAAAUUUAUGGAAACGUUUAGUUACACCGGAAGAAAAAGGAAAGUUAAUUCAAAUGGGUCUAGCAACGCCUAUCACCGCUUCAAAUGCUAUGCUAUUACGUACUUAUGAAGUUAAUGAAAUCAUCUGUGAACAAGAUCGUUUAUCUGAAUUAAAAAAUAAUCUAGUCAUUAGAGAUUAUUCAUCAGCUUCAAGUACUACUACUACUAAUAAUAAUUCAAGUGUGAAUGCUUCCACAGGUCUACGUAGUUUUUCAUCAGUUGGAAGUGCUAAAGGCAGUCUUUCUUUUGGUGGUGGUAGUGCAGGUGGUGGUGGUGGUGGUCGUACAAGUCUUGGUUCUUCAAGUGGGAAUCUAGGCUCAGGGAAUAGUCUGUCUGGUGCUGGGAAUAUUACGACUACUACUACUGGAGUUAUCGAUCAUACAAUUGGUACAGGUGGUGGGGGUGGUGCUGGGGGCGGUAGCUUUAAAUCAAAACGUGACAGCAGUAGAUGGCUUGGUGUUAGUUCAACACCGAAUACAUCAUUCCACUUGGACUCAGUGCCUUGUCCAACUCCUAUUAGCCGGUUACGAACAGCUAGACAAGCAAGUAAAUCCUUCACUUUUCCAUUCUGUUUGGAUGAUUCUGAUCCAAUAGCAUUUCAUGAAAAUGCUUGUCAACCUGAAUGUUUAGUACCAAUACGAUUGGAUAUUGAAUGCGAUGGUGUAAAACUACGUGAUUGUUUUACAUGGAAUCGUAAUGAACAAUUGAUUACACUGGAACAAAUGGCUGAAGUGCUAUGCGAUGAUUUAGACUUGAAUCCAAUCAAUUUUGUUCCAGCUAUAGUGAAUGCAAUGAGACAACAGAUUGAAGCACAUCCAGUAACUGAUUGUUUAGUUGGACAAACUGAUACACGUGUUAUCAUCCGAUUGAAUAUCCAUGUUGGUAAUAUUUCACUGGUAGACCAAUUUGAAUGGGAUCUUUCUGAGCCGAAUAAUUCACCAGAACAAUUUGCUUCAAGAUUAUGCGCUGAAUUAGGCUUGGGUGGAGAGUUUGUUACUGCUGUCGCCUAUAGUAUACGUGGACAACUUGCUUGGCAUCAAAAAAUUUAUGCAUUUAGUGAAUCUCCAUUGCCAACAGUUGAUAUUGUGUUUCGUAAUUCCAAUGAAGCUGAUCAAUGGAGUCCAGUGGUUGAAGUGUUGACAGAUGCAGAAAUGGAGAAAAAGAUACGUGAUCAAGAUCGUAAUACAAGGCGAAUGCGUCGUCUGGCCAAUGCACAACCGAAUUGGUGA